AUGGCAUCGGCGGAUCUAAUGGUGAUUAUACUCGACUUGGUAUUGAGGCAUAUUCCAAUUGUUCAUCGGGAGCAGUUUUGGUUCCUGUGGUUCCUACGUAUCUGUAAUAUCCAUGCCGUGCUUCUUUAUGCAGCCACUGAUUGCUCAGUCUGGUUCACCGUGACUUUCACUUUUGACCGAUGUGUAGCAAUAUCUUGCCGAAAUUUGAAAUGUAGAUAUUGUACAGAAAAGACAGCAGCUGUGGUUCUUGUAACAGUGACUGUGCUGAGCUUUUUAAAGAACCUUUUCUGGUAUUUCAUGUUCAGUGGAAGGUAUCAGUUGAGGAACCUGCCCUGGUUUUGUUUUGCAACGCUAGAUGUUUACUUGUCUACGUUUUGGCUAACAAUCGAGUUUGUCCAUUACAUUCUUAAUCCCUGUGUCCCAUUUGUCCUCAUUCUGCUGCUCAAUGUUUUCACCGUCAGACACAUUUUAAUGAGCAGCAAAUCCCGCAGGAGACUCUGGGCUCAGAGCAGUGGAGAGGGGAUCAGAGAUCCAGAGAUGGAGAGUCGAAGGAAAUCCAUGAUUUUACUGUUUACUAUCUCGGCAAAUUUCCUCCUGUUGUGGGCAACGAUUAUGGUAUAUUCUGUAUGGAUCCGGAUGCAUAAUUUGGGUCAUGAGUCCAUGUUACUGCAUACUUAUGUACAGGAACUGGGCUUCAUGUUGCAGCUCCUGAGCUGCUCCACAAAUUCUUGUAUUUAUGGCCUGACCCUGGCAAAAUUCAGGGAGCAGUUGAAGCAUGUACUGAAAUGUCCCUUUGCAACAAUUGUGGAAUUCAAUCGAAAAAGAGAGAAGAAAUGA